UGCUGGUUGAAUUUGUUGGUGCACCGAUCGAAGUGAAAAUACCAAACUCUGAAUACUUUGUGUGAACAAUUUGCUCAAGUUUCAUUAGUCUCGUUUUCGAACAACGUUGACUCUAUCAACCAUCAGAAAAUCAAGACAAAAGGCACGAUCACGGUUCGUUUUCAACGGGAAAAUCGAUUCAAGAUGAAAAUUUUCAAAUCAACUCACGCAACAGCAAAUGCGCUUUGAAAAAUCGAAAAAGAAGUGAGAGUAAAAAAUUUGCAAAAAAAAAGACAUUUCGUGAACAAUUCGUUCAAAAGUUGAUUUAUUUGUGCAUUAGACGAUUAAAACUCGGUAAAAUUUGAUUUGCACAAACGAAAAAGCGCACCGCCGUUAAAGAGUCGUCGAUAGAAACAAGCAAAGCGGCAAAUAAAUUUUCAUUUCAUAACGGUGUAUAUAGAAAAAAAUUCAAAAUUUAUUCGCCAACGCCAUUUGACGCCGCUAAGGCGUUAAAACUGGAAGAGGAUUUCAACGGUGGAUGCAUGACAAUGUCCAUGUAUCCAUCACCCGAUAAAAUGAAAAUGAGUUCAAGUGGCUGCUUUCCCGGCCGAUACAGUCCGUCAUAUCGAGCACCCGAUCAAAUGCGACGAUGCAUGGGUAAUCCAUCGAAUCGUCUUUUAGAAGAUGCAUCGAUCAUGUGCAACACAUGGUCAUCACGAAAUGGCGACAUUUUCUCGGGAUUAAACGAUGGAAUUUUAAGCAGAGCCGAAGCACUCGCAGAUAUAGGUAAACACCAGAGUAGUCAUGCGCAAAUGUCAUCACAAUUAAAGCACGACGUCAUGUAUCAUCACAGCAUGGGUGGACCUCCGCAACGGCCGUUACAGAUGCAUCACACAAUGGACGGAUUGGAAAUGCUCGAUCCAGCCAGCUCAAUGACAACUCUAACGCCGAUGUCAGAGACACCGUCAAUCACAUCGCCGCACCAUCAAUUGCACGGAUCGUACCAUGGUAUGAAUCACAUGAUGAGCCAUCAUCACGGUGGCCCAUUGAGUGGCCACACGCCUGGUAUGAACCAUUAUGGUCAUCAUGGACAUCCGAGCUCACAUCAUCCCGCAAUGGCAGCUGCAGUUGCAGCGGCUGGCCUCCAUCCCGACACCGAUACCGAUCCUAGAGAGUUAGAGGCAUUUGCUGAACGUUUCAAACAAAGGCGAAUCAAAUUAGGUGUCACACAAGCUGACGUAGGGAAAGCAUUAGCCAAUUUGAAAUUGCCGGGAGUAGGAGCCUUAUCACAAAGUACCAUAUGUAGGUUCGAAAGCCUAACACUGUCCCACAACAAUAUGAUUGCACUGAAACCGAUACUGCAAGCGUGGCUGGAGGAAGCUGAAGCCCAAGCGAAAAACAAACGACGUGAUCCAGAUGCACCAAGUGUCUUGCCAGCCGGUGAAAAGAAAAGAAAAAGGACUUCAAUCGCAGCUCCAGAAAAGCGUUCGCUUGAAGCAUAUUUUGCCGUCCAACCGCGACCAUCCGGCGAGAAGAUUGCCGCCAUCGCUGAGAAAUUGGAACUGAAGAAGAAUGUGGUGCGCGUGUGGUUCUGCAAUCAGCGUCAGAAACAAAAGCGAAUGAAAUUCGCCGCACAACACUGACCAACAAAUUCGCAAAGCAGUAACAACAGCAACGGCUGCAGCCAAAAUGUAACAUCCGUAGCGGCAAUUGCACGACAGCUCAGCAUCGGCAUGAAUCCAUCGAUGUCGAACAAUGCCCACAACAUCAAUGGCAGCAACAACACCAACGCCAACAGUAACAACUGUACAAACAUGAACGGCAACAAUACGAUCAUGGGCACAAACACAAUAAACAGUUUGCUGAAUGUGAAUGGAACGCAUCUGAGCAAUGGGCAUGUUACAAACUCCGGAUUUGGCUACUCGGUUUAAUUGUUUUUUUUUUUCAAUUUUAAUUUCAUAUAAUCAAGAAUGAGAAUCUUUAAAAAAAUAUCAACAAUCUCAACAACAAUAAAAAAUGCGUUGCGAAAUUUUCGCCGGGAAAAAUCAAAUUAAACAUCUCUUAAACAACACAUCUAUUCAAAUGACGAAACGCUCAGGUUUAUUUAAGCCGAAACAGAUUAUUUCAAAACUUUAUAAUGCAUUUCAAUCGAACUGAUUUACUAAAACAAUCCUUAAAAGCUUCAAAACUCAAGAUGUUUUCUGGUGAAUUUUCCUCUCGUAAAAUAUCCAAGCGCAUUAUCAUUCUACUUGUAGUUAUAGGCCAUAAGAAAAAUCAACCAGCGAACGAAAGAUAAAUAAAAAGAAAUUUGAGAAAAAAAAAACAACAGAUAAUUACCAGUCACUAAUGUAAAAAAUAGGUAUAAGACUCAAACUACUUAUAGUGUAAUAUGCGCAUCCCAUGUAUUAAAAAGCUAGAGAAGAAUACCAUAAGUUACCCAAUAAUAAAACCAAACACAAGAAGAAACAAACAAAGUAUCAGUCAAACUAACUAAAUGAGGUCAUUAAAUUAUUGAAUUAAUAAACGAUGUUCGUUUCGUUGCUCUUUCUCUUCAUCAUCAUCAUCAUCAAGAACAUUUUGCCGAGGUGAUUGUUUUUAUUCGGUUGGUUUUGGAUCGGGUUUUUAACUAUCGUUUGAGUAUCAUGUACUUUACACACAUUGACCGCCAAUCAUUUGUAGUCGAGUCACUUAAUUGAUAUUGAAUAAUUGUAAGCGAACAGAAAACAAUAAUCAAGUAAAAACCCUCUCGAAACGAACAAAAAAAAAACAAUAACGAGAUAGCACACAACAGACACACAAAAAACGGCAAUCGAGUCAGAGAAGAAAAGGUAUAUAGAGAGAGGAAGAGAGCUUGAAACAAUCGAAUUAUUUUCGAUAAAAUGCCGUUCGGUAAUCGACAAUUGUCCGAAUACAAAAAAAAAAGCGUUUCGUAAACACGUGUAAUGAAUGAUUCGAUAAAUGGAUCUUCUUUAUGCAUAAUUUUUGACGUGGUGGUCUCUGUGAACCGCGAUUUAAAGGAUAUCGAAUGUCACAUUAUGAUAUGCUAUCACCUGCACAUACACACAAACGACCGAUCGCCCAUGAAUGAAUUUUUAAAGAGACCAUCGCAUUUUUCGUCGUUCUUUCAAGCAAUUAAUUAUGAGCCCCCAAUCGUUUAGUCUCUUACUCCUUCUGUCUCAUUUUAUUUGAUGUUCCGUCAUCGAUAUAACGAAGCUGCUCGAUUAUUUAUGCGAUUGUUUGUUUUCAAGUUUCAAUUGUCCUCCCAUUCAUUACCUACUUGACUUACCUGCUCUCGGUCUCUCUCUCUCUUUCUCUCACCCUUUCUCUCUAUCGAUCACUCUUCUUCUAUUUAUUUCCAUCGAAAUCAACCGCUCAUCCUCAACUCGAACAAUAAUUUUCACAUUUUCUACCCAAAAACACAUCAUUUAAAUCAUUUUAGCCAAAUUGACUUUGCAUCAAAGCAUACAUUUUCAAAUCAGGCCGGGAAAAUUUUGUUUGUGUGUAUGUGUGUUGGAUAUCAUUUAAAUGGAAAAUUAAAUCGGUUAAUUGGACGAUAUCAAAACGGUAAUUUUUGUAAGUGGCAAUAGCGAUUAUGUGUUAAGUGGUCAACAUGAAUGAGACAGAUGGUUUUCGAUUAAGGAAUUAAACCGAAGUGGUUUUGAAGGAACUUCUGAGCUUUGAUUUCGAUUUUGAAGAAACAAUUCUGGUUUUCAAUUUCCGUUACUAAUGAUAAUUUCAUUCCGUCUUGAUCUCACCUCGAAAUGUUCGUGGCUAAGUUAAAAGAAAUAAACUGCACCAAUUUAAACUCAACCACACUGACAAAACUGAGUACCCAAAAGAGAAUAAUUUAGUUGAAUGUGAAGAGAAAUUCAAUUCUAAAUCUAAUGUCAUUGAAUUGGCCGGUCGAUUUUUGGUUCGAAUACGUGCAAUUUAAGUUUUAAGACAUCCCAAAAUUGGCCAUAAACAAAUGUAGAUGAAUAGCAAUGUGUGACACACCUUUUUAUACUAAAAUAAAUUGUUUCGGAAUUCAAGCAGUGCAUUCGAAGAUGCCAUAAAUAAAACAAACGGGAAGAAUGUAUGAAUGACAUGUUCCCAAUAUUAUGAAGAAGAAUAAAAAAAAACCAACUAUCAUCUAAGCUCUCAUCAAGUUACUAUUCAAAUAACUAAUUAAGUACCUAGUUAAUAAAAUCUUGUAAAUAAUCAUUUCAAUUGGAUUAUCCAUUGGAUUUUUUUCGUUUCUAUUCUUUUGUUAUCCUUUUUUUGUCGUCGGUUUUCUUUUUGUGCAUUUACAUUGCUUGAAACCAGUCAUAGUUUUUGAUGUAGGAUGUCAAUAAAUAAUGCAUAUUGUUAUUGAUGAGUGUAUGAAUAAGCAAUAGUCAAAACUGUACAUUUUCAUGAGAUUCAUUCUUUGAACAACAGCAAUAGCAGCAAAUAAACUAAUUGACUCAAGAUUUGUUGUCGCUUUUUCCUCGUUUUUCAUUCAUCCGAUGAUGUGCGUGUUGUUCCCUGUGCGAAAAUCGCAUACUUCUUUCAACUCUGCAGAACAGCACAUACAGCAGCAAAUUAGUAGCGUAAACACUAGGAAGAUAGAGAAACUGGGAGCGAGCGAGAGAGAGAGAGAGAGCGCCAAAUAGCAAAAAAAACAAUGCGUUCUCUCUCAUACUCGCGUACUAAACGCUAGAGCGGCGAGAGCAUAUUUUCAUGGCGCGCAUUAAAAACUCAUAAAUAAUUCAUUAUGAAUUUCAAAUUUGGCUCGUAUAUGUAUUAUUACUGAAGGGAUUUUCAGUUCUACUUUACUCGCUGUGCGUCACGUGUUUUCAACAGGAAAUUUUAUACUUUUUUCCAUUCUUCUUACCGUUUCGUUGUUGUCGUUCCGUUCUAUUCUGGCUCAAUUCUCACUGUAUCGGCCGUUAAUUUUGGGUUGGACGCAAGGAAAAAAGUUUAAAAUUAUUUUUUUGUGUCACUCAAAAUAUCACGCCGAAAUCACAAUAACCGAAAAUCAUAGAUAUUAAAAAGUAUAGUAUUCACACGAAACAAAAAGUUGAAAAACAUGAAACCGGCCGAAAAUCGGAAUACUUCUUUCAAUUGCUGUUUUUUUUUUCUUCGGCGGAUUGUGUUAAAAGCGCGUAGCCACCCGCAUAACAACAUCAAAUAUUCAUCGAAUUUAAACGAAUUACACUUUCUUCUCGAGUGAAAUGGAUUUGUUGCUGUUCGAAAAUUGGUCUACGGAUGAAUGAAAACCGAACUCAAAGUGAUUAUCUGUUACAAAACUUUCGACUGAAUCAUAAUAAUUCUUGAGAAAUAAAAAAAAAAUACCGAAAACAACGACUUGAAGUGAAAACACGGGCUGAGUGAAAAACAACCUCGAUUCUGAACUCAAAUAUCAAAUAAGAAUUAUGAAAAGAAUGGAAGAGAGAAGCGAAUUGCCGAAACAAAGUCAUAAAAUGCCUCCAUUCGUCCCAUUAGAUAUAAUUAUCCGUAGCAGUCGUGGAUGAAAACUUUCUUCAGAAAAAUAUCACACAGUUUUUCUUUGUUCACUCGCAUUUCAUUGCUAUUUAUUCGCCGAUACAACACAAUCAAUAAAUGUAAAUAUUUAGAUUUGAAAAUCACAACCUCAAACUCAAAUGAUACAUAUAAAAAAAGACUCCCAACUUCGAACAAACUUUCCCAAAAUCGAGCUUAAAAUUAUAGAUUUUCACAUGGCAUUUCUUUUUCUCUUCUGCAUGUCCUUCUUCGCCCGAAAUAAAGGAUAUCCAAACAUUUAGUCGAUUGAACCAAAGUUCGUUCAAAAGGGAAUUUUCAAUAGAUUAUUUUAAAUUAUUUUCAUUUUAAAUUAUGAAUCAUUUUAAAAGGUCAAAUCAGCAGUCUUUUUCGGAUUUUCAAUAGAAUUAUCGUUUGAUUUUAUCCCUUCAGAAAUUUUGUUCAGUUUUCAUUUGAACACAACCUAUUCAUCGAUGUAAAUAAAAUGUGUCUUGAAGAUGCAUUACAGAUUUUUUUUGUUCAGAUCGGAAAUAUAUCAAUAAAAUUGCUUGGCUCCACCCUCCCUCAUGAAAUUUCCGUUCUAAUAUCGUUUCUCAAUUACUGUAUUUGCUUAACUUGAGCUUCAAUAAAUGAUGAUUUUUCAACGAUAACAUUAAAAUCAACAGCUCUCAAAAAAUGAGAUCUAAAAUGUAAUUAAUAAAGUAAUGUCUAGUGAACAUUGAACACUAGCGACUAGAAUAUUUGAAUGAAAAAUUCUUUCAAAAUUCUUAUUUAGUAUGACAUAUAUUAUGAAAUGAAAUAGAGCAACACAGUUCGAAUGAAAAAAAGAUGAAACAACUCGAGAAUAAUUUAGAUAAGUAGCAAGCCAAAUUCAAUAAGUAAUAAUAAAAUACACUCUAAUAUUAAUUAUGCUGUAAGGUCCGUACGAAAUAUCUACGAACCAUUUCUAAUGUAUCAUUUAUGAAUUUAAAACCGUACACACCGAUAUUAUAAAUAAAUCAGUUCUGAUGAGAGAGCAACAUGAUGAAUGAUGGAAUCAUAGUUUCUUGAAUAAAAAUCAAUUGAACAAGCCAUUGCUCAAAAAUGGUAUUUGAA